ACCACCGUUUGGAAAGAAGAUCAUCUCAGAUCGCUCCUCUCCCCUCGUGCCCCUCUCCCCUCGUGCUCCUCUUCAAAUAGCACUCGGGUACAAAAGGGAAGUACAACGAAGGCACUUGGCUGCCUUCUGAGGCUGAGAGAGGAUCACUCUUCUUACAAGUUGCAGCGUAGGGGCGGCCACCACACCACAUGGCUUUCUUCCUCGCUGUAGCUUGCAUCUACAUCGUCUCCCUCACUCUGCUGGUGCUGCUGCUCGACGCGAGCAGACGACGGAGAACAACCGGAGGUGGCAGUAGCAGCACGGAGGAGCACAAGCUGCCUCCUGGCUCCCUGGGUCUGCCGUUCCUCGGCGAGACUCUCCAGCUCUACUCCCAGAACCCGAAGGUCUUCUUCGCCUCCAGGCUGAAGAGGUACGGCGAGGUGUUCAAGACACACGUGCUGGGUUGCCCCUGCGUGAUCUUGGCGAGCCCGGAGGCGGCGCGGAUGGUGCUGGUGUCUCAGGCGCACCUGUUCAAACCGACGUACCCACCGAGCAAGGAGCGCAUGAUUGGCGCGCAGGCCCUCUUCUUCCACCAGGGCGACUACCACCUCCGCCUGCGCCGCCUCGUGAAGGGCUGGCUUGGCCCGGACGCGCUCCGCGGCCUCGUGCCCGACGUCGAGGCCGCCGUGGCGUCCACGCUCGACGGGUGGGAAGGCCGCGUCACCAGCACCUUCCAUACCAUGAAGAGGCUCACCUUCGACGUCGGCGUCAUCGCCAUCUUCGGCCACCGGCUGGCCGGCCACGUGAAGGAGGAGCUGAGGAGGAACUACUUCACCAUGGAGAAAGGCUACAACAGCUUCCCCAUCCCGGUCGCCUGCACCAGCUACAGCCAGGCCAUCAAGGCGAGGCAGCGGCUGGGCGCGGUGCUGAGCGGCAUCCUGGCGGAGCGGAGGGCGCGGCGGAGCGACGACGACGACGACCAUGGCCUCCUGAACGCCCUCAUGCGCUCCCGUGACGACAGCGGGGCGGCGCCGCCGCUCUCGGACGACCAGAUCGCCGACAACGUUAUCGGCGUGCUGUUCGCGGCGCAGGACACGACGGCCAGCGUGCUCACCUGGAUCCUCAAGUUCCUCCAUGACAACCCGAAGCUUCUGGAAGCCGUCAAGGUGGAGCAGAUGGCAGCCUACGAGGAGAACGAUGGCGGGAGGCUCCCGCUGACGUGGGCGCAGACGAGGAAGAUGUCCAUAACACACCUGGUUAUCUUGGAGAGCCUGAGGCUGGCGAGCAUCAUCGCCUUCACGUUCAGAGAGGCCGUCGAGGACGUGCACUACCAAGGGUUCCUGAUUCCCAAAGGGUGGAAGGUGAUGCCCCUGUUCAGUAACCUGCACUACAGCCCGGACUACUUCGAGGACCCACACAAGUUCGACCCUUCCCGAUUCAAGGUGGCGCCGCGGCCCGGCACGUUCCUGCCGUUCGGGAGCGGCGUGCACGCGUGCCCCGGCAACGACCUGGCCAAGCUCGAGAUGCUCGUCCUCAUCCACCGCCUCGUCACCACCUACAGGUGGGAGGUGGUGGGGUCGAGCGACGACGUGACCUACAGCCCGUUCCCGGUGCCGAAACGCGGCCUCCUGGCGAGGCUCAGCAGGGCCACCACCGGCAGCGCGGUCGUCGGCCGUGCGCCGCCGCUGGACAUUGGAGGACCUGCAGGCGCUAGCUAUAGCUAGCUCCUCGGACCAAAAGGCAAUGCAUGCACCCAAGCACCCAGGAGAUAGAUAGGCCCGGCAGGCGGCAGGGGACGACGACACACACAUCCAGACAUCGUCCAGUCACGUGGCAGUAGCAAGCUAGUACUACUACUACUGUGUGUGCUGCCAUUCUGCAUGCAUGCGUUUCCUCUCAUUCUCGUGUUCCUUCAUGGCAUGUGUUUCCUUCCUUCGUUUCCCCUCGAUCGCUUAUACAGAUAUAAAUAUCUGGUCAAUCAUUGGGAUAGCAAGCAGACGGUGUACCGUACCGCCGCCUGCCGGUCUAGCUAGCUAUAUAUAUGCAUGCAUGCAUGCUCCGUCCUAAAAGAAUAUAAUAAUAGGAUCCGUGUGUCCUUUGUUAGAAUAUAUUUAAAGUUUGGCCAAAUACGCAGGCAAAAUAAAGUACUU